CUCUCAACCACCUGCCUCAUAACAGCCUUGAGACUCUACUCUCUCAGUCUUGCUUUAUGUUUCUACGUCUGGCUCUCAACUUCAACAAAACCAUUCAUCCUUUUCACAAAUCCAUCUUUCUGACGCCCUCUCUUGUUUCUUCAUCUCCUGGCUCGGUCUGGUGUUUACACAGUGAUAUGCAGCUCAUGUGAGCUCAGGAACUUGCCAUACCUCUCUCUUGGGCUUCAGCAGAACACCAGCCUACUCCGCCAGCAUGGACGCAUCUGUCUCCUUCUACCACAGACAAAACUUUGCUCCAUUUUCCAAAGAUAAGAAAGCCAUGCCUUUCCAAGAAUUUACCAGAGGGUUGUCUCAUUUUGGCCUGCGAGCUUCUCUACGCAGACGUCUGGGGAGACACAACACGCUGACCCCGAGCAGGCCUCUCAUCCUGACUAAGACACUGGCUGUCUCCGAUGGAGAGCUGAAUGCGUUGGAGCCGUUAAAGCGCACAGACAAUCAAUGCUCCAACAGUAACUCCAGUCUUCCCAGUGUGCCAAGCGGUGGGGCCAGUGGGGUGGGCCGGGUGGCCAGCUGGGCUGUCAGUUUUGAGAGGCUGCUAGAAGAUCCAUUGGGAGUGUACUACUUCACUGAGUUUUUGAAGUCCGAGGUCAGUGUGGAGAACAUUAAUUUCUGGGUGGCGUGUGAGCACUUCCGCAAGAUACCAGCCAAUAAUACUGAAAAGCUGAUCAAGGAGGCUCUCUCAAUCUACAACAGUUACCUGUCCAAAUGCGCCAGCAAUCCUAUCAACAUUGACGACAAGGGUCGUGUUGAUGAACAGGAUAUACAGAAGCCUCAUCCUGAUAUGUUCGAGAAAGCUCAGCAACAGAUCUUUAAGCUGAUGAAGUUUGACAGCUACACUCGCUUCGUUCGCUCACAGCUCUAUCAGAAUUGCAUGCUGGCUAAUGUGGAGGGCAGAUCCCUGCCAGAGCUCGGCCACUGCGCUAAACUUCCCCUGGCUGCCAGACACAGCAGCCCUGGAACCAGGGAGCUGCAGAAAUCGAAAGAGAAGGCAAAGGUGAAGAUAGGCAAGAUCGCAGGAGGAGAGACAGAAGACGUGGUAGAAAGGAGGAAAAUAACCCUUCAAGGAAAGAUGAACUGGGAGAAACGAAAAGAGAAGAGAGGAUCCUGGGGAGAGUCACAAAUGACUGGAAGACCUGGAUCUUUUCACUGUGCAGAGGUGGAACGAUUAGUUGCUCGUUCAACUGACUCUGCAAGUGAUUCUAAAACCACGGCUGAUAAGUAUUGCUGCGUGUUUCUGCCUGAUGGCACGGCCUCACUGACCCCUGCCCGACACGGCAUCACCAUUCGCCGCAUGCUUACAGGGCUGUGUGAAAAAAGAGGCCUUCCUCUGUCUGAGAUCAUCAUCUACCUUCAGGGAAAAGACAAGCAACCACUUUCCUUGGACCAAGACAGCUCAGUACUAAAGGAUCAGCAGGUUCUUCUGGAGCUGCGAGUGACAUUUGCUCUGGAGGUAGCUUUCACAGGUAAGAGUGUGGCUAUGGUGGUGAAAUCCAACAAGACCCUACAGGAGGUGUUGACUUCACUUCUCCAAAAACACCGCCUCCGACCCCAGGAUGUCUUUGUCACCAUGAAAGGAAGCCAAGAGCUGAUAAACAUGAACACAAUCGUCACCAAUCUGGCUAACAAGACACUAAUAUUAGACAAAGUACAAGGUAUGGACCAGGGCCUUGGCUCCAACACAACUGCUAUUUCAUCUUUACAGGGACGCCGAGGCGCUGUGGAUGUCGACCCGAGCUCUUUGAACACACUUUAUCGAUCAAAUCCCAAACAGAAAAACCCUUCUCUGAGAAGAGCCUAUGAUAUGGAAGGUCUGGUGGAGCUGUUGAACCGAGCUCAGGGCUGCAGUGCCGAUGACCAGCGGGGCCUCCUGAAAAAAGAAGAACUCAUCCUGCCCGAUUUUCUCCAGGUGGAGGAACGUGAUGAGGAAGAGGAACGGCAGGAGGAGCAAAGAAGCACAUCUCCCCAGGGAUUCAUAUCGCCAGACCCCACUUCAUGCACAGAAGGAGAUGUGGUGAAUUCUUCUAAGUCUUCACUUUGCUCCACAGAGCCUGUAGACAGGAUGGGAUCUAAAAAGCAUUCGAAUCCAGCUCGGGAAACAGUGGUAUGAGCCGGAGCCCGGCUGUAAUGGAUGUUAUUUUUAUUUUGAGAGUGUUUGCACUGAACAUGAAGGCUGCUUAGGAAACAGAGGACACUCGGCUCAAAGAGCUUGCGGGACUUGGUUGGAGGACGGAAUAAGAUGUUUACAGUUCUUGUAGAUCAGCAAAGUGUUAAUGUUCAGUGGAGUGUAUUUAUUUGAAAAUGGCUGUUAAAUAUAUAUCAGUUGCUUUAAAACCCUGGAUUACUUUUUUUUGCCUUUAGACUGCAUUUUUAUUACAUGUAUUUUAUAUCAAUAUAUAUAUAUUUUUAAAAUCUUAUAUUAAUAUCAAUAUAUUUUCCAUUUUUUCCAUAAUUUGCUCUUUACUUAUUCCCACUCACCAGCCAGCCCUUCCCUAUCAUGGGCUCAUGGGCUUCCUCUGAGAUGCAUGAAGCAAGGCAACCAUGUUGUUUUUUUUUGUUUGUUUGUUUUUUCGAUUUGCUGCUCAUAGUUACCACUGUAGCAACGAUUUCCCUUAAACGUUAGUUUGAUUGUUAACUUUAUUAUAUUUACAGCAGGAAAUUGCAUCAAACUCAUAUCUUAAGUUUAAUAAAAAUACACUUUCAUACUGUAAAUCAUUUAAAGAUUUGGCUAGCUAGUUUAGCUAGCCAAAAAAAACCUGAUUUUGGUUUUAGUUUUAAAAUCAGAAUCAGAAACAGCAUUAUAUUGAAUUGUUCUUGCUCACACCCAGAAUUUUCCAAGGCGCCUCCGGGACAGGCUAAAUCUACACUAAUCUGGAUUAAUAAAAAAACUGCGUUUGCAUCUAAAAA